UGCCGAGAAAAAAGCUCGAAAAAGUAGUCAGGUGAUCAAACUCUGAAAUUAACUGUUAACUGUUGAAUCUCUUUACGGUGGCCAAUUCACAUUAUCAACCCAGCUGAUAAAACCAAAUUAUCUUGUUAGAAGUAUUGUUUGGUCCAGAAACCGACAGAACUGGAGACCUAAAACUUUUAAGAAUUUAACACUGGCAUGAAUGAAACGACCGAAAAUCAACAGCGGUGUUCAAUACUUCACUUGUAGUCAGUGGCGAUCAAGUCAGCUAGGAUGUGUGAAGAUAAAAAAACGUCCCUUGAGAACCCACCGAGACGGAAAGUCGUGGUUCCUUACAUGAUUGCAUGCGGACAACAGCUCAAUUUGUUGCGCUAUUUUUGGAAAUAAACAACGUUUCACGAGUUGCGUGAGACGUCAAAAACAAUCCUGGCAAAAAAACGACGGCCAACAUUGUUUUCAGGCGACAAAAAAUUUAAUACGGCCUUACUUAGUCGUUUCAUUGUGUGCUUCAGCUUGUCCAUCGUGUUUCAAAUCAGUCAACAAAGAACUGGGCUUUCAUCGCCAAUUCGUCUUUCUCACGAUUGUCCUAGCGUUCUGUCAAGCGUGGCUUCUUCAGGGAGCCACGAUUUUUAAACCAAGAUUGUCGAGUUAUAUUUCAAAACCUAAGAGCUGAGCCAGACUGAUUUUUUGUAUGACAAACGAUAUUGGGGAAACAUUACUUCCUCCGCCCCGCAACCAGCAAAAUUGGACAGGAUAACGGGAUUAAAAGUAAACACAUUUUUAAGCCCAUAAUAAUUUGGAAAACGUGACCUUACUCGUCAGAAUACUAACAAUCUUUUAUCCUGUCACGCCCUUGUAAUUGUGUUUUGAUUUGCAUGGCUGGGACUCUUCUAAAAACACCCAGAAUUUGAAGUAGUCAAAAUUAUCAAAUCCAAAGAAACUAAGGAGUCAAAAUAAUUUUAUUUGCAAUUUUACCCCACCAGUGACCACUAGUCUUGACUUUCCUCACCCCACUCCCCAGCAAUCUGCUAUUCAAUUGAAUUUUUUUCCUUUGUCUCGCGAACUGCAUGGAAGACGUUUAAAAAAAAAAGAGCAGGUCAUAGCCAAGUGCCUUUAAAAAAAAAUUGAAGUUUUUACGUGGUGCGAUUUCUCUAUGCUGAACAAUUUGAUUGACAUACGCGUCCGCUAUCGCUUGUGAGCGGAAUACAACGCGACGCUUCAGCUUACGCGGGAAAACGCUGGUUGUGACUUGCGUGAUAAAACCACUCAGUGGAUUAUUAUUGUGUACGAUCGUGCUGGCUUCCCUGUCCAUCUAGGGAUUAACUUCUUUGGUUUACAGGGCUCGAGGUCUGUUUUCUCGUCGAGUUUUCUUUCAUGUGCGAGGAGAUAGUAUCGGAUGCUGUACUUGUGCAAUACUUGAGCAAUCUCGGAAGAAAAGAAAUUUUGCAACGCCACGAAAACCGUGCGUAGUGAAAUAUGAAACCGUCUGAUAUUUCUGUGUACGCCCCUGAAAUAGCUUUGAUACUUUAACCUGCUGGAUGUCGACACUUUUUUCAUGAAGCACGAAAACAAUAAGCCUGGAAAACUUCGAUGUAGCUGACUUUCUACGCUGUCAAACUUCAAAAUGGCUGGCAAAGUCGUCGAUACGUGCCAGUAUUGUCGUGGUGUGCUCGUGUUUACUCUUACCGUGUUUCCAUUCAUCGGGUUUUGUGAAGAUUCGCUACCAUAUCCUAUCGGAUUGUAUCCACUUAAUAGACUCUACAAUACGGCAGAUGCAAGUUGCUAUGGUAACUUUGGUGGAAUUCCGAAGGAUGUCCAACUUGUUACAGGCCCUUUUGGAAAGGCAGAUACUGCUUAUGAGUUUACUGGUAUUGGGACAAGUCACAUCACUAUCCCACAGAGUCCACACUUGGAUGCUAAGAAUUCUAUCACGAUUCUAGUUUGGAUAUUUCAAACUGGGCAAGCAGGUUCUAUCAUUCAAUACUUGGAUAAUAACAAUAAAGGAGGAGCAGGGCUUUAUACAUUGGAUAGUAAUUCUGUAAAGGUACAAUUUCUGGAGCGCAGUGGAGAGUCUCUUUCCAUUCUUCGCAACCAUACAGUCAGUCUUCAAAAUAAAUGGCAAUAUGUUGGAACGUCGUACAACUACAACACUGGUACUGCGACAUUGUGGAUAGAUGGUAUAGACGUUCAGCAAAUGAAUCUUGGCAAGGUCGAAUUAAGUACAGACAAAGAUAUUCGUAUAGGUAGUGGACAACGCAAAGGUGACAGUUUUGAAGGACGAAUAUCGUGUUUGCAAAUCUACAACAAAGCAUUGACAAGGGAUGAAGUUUCAGCUGUAAGAAACCGAUGUUUCCAGGAGGAUGGUCGUGGAGAUCCAACAGCUCCAGUGGACUGCAAGAUGUCUUCUGCACCAUCUAGUUGUGGCGUUACCAUGAAUACCCUGUCUGGAACUUUCUAUUCCCCGGGGUACCCUGCUGGUUAUCCUCAUGAAGCAAAUUGUAUCUGGGAAAUAGAUGUUCCUGACGGUUACUACAUUACAUUGCAGUUUAGUAAGUUUGAUUUGGAAACAGCUUACAACAAGUAUCCAGAUUGCCCAGACUACAUUGUCAUCCAAGACGGUAUCAACAGCUGGUCAGACACAUUGAGGACUCUUUGUGGAGGUCAGGACGGCUGGGGAGAGGAAAUUGUUUCUUCAGCAAAUGGAAUGAGGGUGGAGUUUGUGUCUAACAAGCUCACCUCAGCUCAAGGCUUCAUUGCAACAUACACUACAAGUCUUAUAGAUGAUCAAGUAGCAAAAGAGGAAGAUGAAGAUAUGAUGGAUUUCAGUCGUCACUACACUGGAAUUGUGAUAGGUGUGGCAUGCGCUGCAAUUUUUGCCAUCCUGUCAAUCAUCACAUUCAGCCACACUCGAAGGAGAUUGCAGGAACGACGUAAUGGCAGCUUAACAAAUAGCAACCGCAGACAUGUUUCGUUUUCUGACAAUGACAUCUUUCAACAGAAUGCGCCACCCACCUAUGAUGAUGUUAUGCGCUAUCCAGAGCUUUACCCACCAACACCAUGUCAAGGAUCAUUAGCCAAUACUCCAGUAGCGACCCCUCGGCAGGGGUCCCCAGUUUCCACACCAACAGUAGCACGUCGUGCACUUGAAAGACAUGGAUCACCAAUGCUUAUUCCUAAAGUGGGAUCCCCUAUUGGAAUGCCACUUUUUGGACCACACCGAGGGACAUCCAGCCAUUCCACACCACAAAGUACCCCUAGGGUUUCUAUUCACAGAGGUAUUUCUCCCUUGGCUAGGGCAGAGUUGACCCCACAGCACUCGCGUAAUGCAGAUCAUAUAUCUUCUGAUGAACAUGAUGAUGACAAUGAUGAUGAGCUGCCACCAUAUCCGGGCAUUAUGGGGGACAAUACAAAUGGAGAUUGCAUGCCUCGUAAUACGCAUAUUGAUUCAGUUUUGGAUCAAGUUAGAGAAACAUUGGAACAGAGAAGGUUUGUUCCAUGGCAAGAGUCGAAUCAUUCUUUAAGUGACAGUAAUUCAUCUGGUUCUAAUCAUCGUGAUGCAGCUGUAAAUAUUCAGAGAGGCUCAUUGACCUCGUCUAGUACUGUGGGCAAUGCAGGGCCUGGCCAGGCAAGGGUUGAAGUAAACAGAAACUCAAUUGUAUCAAUACCAAGUGUUGGUGACAGUGGUUAUGUUAAUCCAUGGGUAUCUCAUAAGGCCAUCAGAGAUGUCAGAUCAGCAGGGACCUUAAGAUCGGUGGAGUCCGAUGUUUGACACCUUUACUGCAGUGGUCAAAGAUGUAAGUUAUUUUGGGCCUGUUAUUUUGAAUACUGGUAAUGGAUCACAUCUGGAGGGACCCUGAAAUCAUAUCUGAGGUCCGAGGCAUGAGUAGCCUGCAUGUACAUGUUCAUCUCCUUACUCUGUUGCAAAAGAAAAUACCAUGUAGGAGACGUCUGUAGGUAGUCUAAAGGCACAAGUUUAUUUGGAGAAAGGACAUCAGAAGCAUACUGGAAAAACAUUAAGGACAUGAAAAGCAGGUCUAAGUUAACAAAAUACAAGCACAAGUGGGUGAUGCAGUGAGUAGCUUGGCCGACUGGGUCGCCCUAAAGCUUGAGGCUUCACUGCUCAUAGAUUGUGCUUUUUAUUUUGUUCAUUUUUCACUCACCCUACACUUGUAACAGUCACAGAUGGGGACCUCCCAGGGGAGGAAACAUGUUCCUUUGAUCCUGUUUAAUAUUUUUCUAAUGCCACCUGUUAAUAAAUUUUCACCUUGUUCUAUCAAAUUUAAAUCCAUAAAAAUAUCCCUAAUUUGUAAUCCCUUGAAAUAAACAAGCAUGUUCAAUUGUUCCCCAAAUCCCUGAGAGGCCCUAAAAAUAGAUACUGUUCAUAGAUUAAAGCAAACAGAGAGUAUCUCUUCCCACUGUUCGUGUAUCCACAUAUCUCCUGCCUUAAAAGACCUUGCUAAAUGCUGACUAAAUUCAGGUUAAACCCAAGGGAUAAAACCUAAAAUAUGCUCAGAUGCACUGUUAACCUGUUCAUUUACUGAACCUUGAAAUGUUUAUUGUUUAUUAUUAUUAUUUAUUGUUGUGCACAAGAUGUAAUGUCAGCUUUCUUGAAUAAUAUGAGGUGUAAAUUGGUGCAUCAAGAAAAUAUCUUAAGUUGAGUUUCUCUUUUUUUAUUUACAUGGCUGCCUUACAAUGUAUUGAUGUUGUAAAGAGAAAUUAACUGUGGAUCACUCUUGAGAAAUGAAUGAUUUCAGAUGCAGUUUACAGAUUGGCUCACAAAAACAUUUUGUGGAAAACAUAAUUUUUAUUCAGUUGCAUACUGCGAUAGUUAUGCAACGCAAGCGCUUUUUAGGAAAUUUGAAAUGCAAGGCUGGCACUAUGGAAAUAGAAUGUACUGGUUUUUUGGUCAAUAUAGUGACAAGUAGGUCUUCAGGCCCAGAGCUAGAAAUUAGCCAUAGCUUCGUAUCAACCACUCACUUUCUCUAGCUCGGGCCCAUAAUCUAGUAAAGUCAAAUGGACUAGACCAGCCAAGAGCCACGUCCCAAGAUAUUGGGUUGUAUUUAUUUCAAUGUAAGCUUGAAUGUAAUAUCUACACAUCUAGUUCCUUGUAGUCCAGUUCUGGCUAAGAUCUGGCCCUACUUCACGCAACGUCAUGCUCUCGGGAGAAGGGAUUACCCUGUCUCCCGGGAGUAUAACACGGCGUGACAGAGAGAGAUCCAGAAUUCGACUAGUUUAUUUGGGGCCUUAAGAAGAACCUUUUUUUUAGCAACUGUACAAAUCGGAAAUGAGGGAACCCAAACACUUUUUUAUCUCCUAAAUGGUACAGCAAGCCUCCAAGCCAGUGGCAGCUACAGAUCAAUUAUUCCCCUUCCCGCCCCCCGGAUAAAAUACUUGUAUUUGGAGCUUGUAUUUCAAAGAGCUGGUUCGUCCCCAUUUCUCUCAAUACUCUUGAUACAUUUUAGUUAUUUUCAGAGGACUCUAGACGCUUCAGGUUAAAGGAGGGUUUUUAAGAGGUACUUUAUAAUUUAUUUGUCUUUUUAGUUUUUUAUCAGUGGAAAGCCACUUCCUUAUCUUACUUGAAUUUAUGUAAGAUCGAGAAUAUAAAUAUUCGCUGGAUUUACGACGAUAUUCCAAAGGAAAUAAUAUAUAACAGAUGUAAUAAACUAAAUAUUUAUACAUUC